CGUGUGUGAGGGUUCGUGCCGUCCAUCCCAUCCAAUUCCAUCCUCGACUGAGACCCUGGUGCCGCCACAGUGGGGACCCCAGAUCUGCUCAGAACCUGCGAGGAAACCCGGUUGAGAUUUGAGGGUUGAGGCAUAAUCAAAGAAGGAACGGCCCGAAAUUCGUCACUUAGAGACAAAACUGCUAUGGGCAUCAACCCGCAUAGCAUGCAAUAGACUUGUAGCAUACUCCCACUUCUCAGCUAACCUGAACUCCACCCAAUCGCAUCCCGAACUCUUCACAACAGUAACCUACUAACCUACUCGGACAACUUCCAUAGGCAAAUAUUCUCAAAUGGGUAUGUCGGAAGCACAUUCACUUCCUAAAUUUGCAAAAACGAAAAUAGUAGAGGAACCCGGUAAAUUUCCAGGACAACGACUUCCACAGACAUGCAAGCAGUCCCUUCUCUAUCCGCCAAAGAAUACUAAGAACAUUUUGUUAAAAAGCAAGAGGCUUCUCGCUGACUUGGCAGCUAAAGAUUACUGGGUCAAAAUAAAUCACCGGCAAUCACUAGGUAACCGCUGCUGACCUUCAAAAAAAACAUUUGGUCUCUCUUUAGAUUCCUCAUACAAGACAAAAACAGACGACUGGAAGGACCCAUGCUUCUGGUGUCUGGAAUCUAACGAGCUUCACUCUUGAAGUACUUUCCUCUCACAGCGGCAUUCAAUCUCAACGAUUGUAGGUUAGACUCCUGGAUUUCGUAUUUGGACGAUACCUCAGUGAUCGAGGAAUUUUGUUUGGAUGACUUUCCACUCUCUGGUCCAGAAAUCGAGGACGAAAGACGAACUUCGAGGAGAAGGAAAUAAAAUGAGGUGAAUUGUAGCUGAUUUUUGGUAACAGAUAGAGCGUUUAACUUUACAGUAGAUGUUCCUGCCUCAGGUUCCCAAAGAUUCUUGGGGCCUCACUCUGCUAGCAAUCAACAGCAUCAGUAACAUCCCACCAAAAGAACAUCAUACCUCACAACCCUCGUUACCAACACCUCUCUUCUCUUAAAGAUGCUAUUCUUCAGGUUUGCAUACUUCAGAAACUCCCCAUUCUUCAUGCGCCAUAACUAAUACCUUAAAUAGCUUCUUCAAGACCUUGGUAGACCAUGAAGUCACCGUCGAGCUCAAGAACGACAUCCAAAUCAAGGGCAUGCUAAAGUCCGUCGACCAGUACCUCAACAUCAAACUCGACGAUAUACAGGUAGUGGAGGAACUGAAGUAUCCUCAUUUGGUCAGUCCUCGGAAACGCGGGCAGUCAUGAUGCGCCGAACCCCGCCAGUGCGAUGAAUAUGUGCUGAUGGGGGAAUUCUAGUCUUCGGUCAAGAAUGUGUUCAUAAGAGGGAGUGUGGUGAGAUACGUACAUUUGCCAGGAAACUCGGUGGAUACUGCCCUGCUGGAAGAUGGUAUGUUUCUACGGGUUUCUUGUUGGGUUGGAUGGGAACUGAUAUUUGGCAUAGCUACACGGCGAGAAGCCCAGCAGCAAGCAUCGAAAGGGAAAUAAAUCUGAACAUACGCACACGAAGUUGCGGGUGAAGAAAACGGGAACAGGGAUUUAUUUUGAUGUGGCUGGAGAUAUGCUCAGGGUCUGAGCGGAGA